CUAUUUGAACAGCAGCAGGCGGUGCGCAGUCCCCCACCACAACUUCUCACCCCCGAGCGAUGCGUCCCCUCCACCACCUUGCAACUUUGUGCAACCCGAAGUUCCUGACUGAGAGCUUCCUUUGGAAGAGACAGUAUGCGAACUCCAAAUAACCAUCAGCGUUCUCUCAACAAGUAAUGGUCAAGGCCAGGACUUUUUGGUCCUCCUGCUUGCACCUCAUUGACCCAAGGUGAGCGUACCGGACGGGAAAGUGCUGAAGGCGACCCCAUCAAUCACGGUUGCCGUGGGAACCGUCAUGCGCAGGAACCCGUUUGUGGCGGAAGGCUGCUGCGGGAAAGGAUCCCGCAACGCCCUUCAGGAGCUCUACAACCCCUCCCAGCCCGAGCUGUCGGGAGCGGCCGUCCUCCACCAGAGCCGAAGGGACCGGGUGGCGGACGCUUGUCGGGUCUACAGCGCGUCCAGUCGCAAGCGACGGGUCCUCACGCCCGGAGACCUCAAACACCUGGUGGUGGACGAGGACCACGAGCUCAUCUACUGCUACGUCCCCAAGGUGGCCUGUACCAACUGGAAGCGUGUCAUGAUGGUGCUGACGGGCCGAGGCAAAUACAGCGACCCGAUGGAAAUCCCGUCCAAUGAAGCCCACGUCCCGUCCAACCUGAAGACCUUGAACCAGUACAGCAUCGCCGAGAUCAACCACCGCCUCAAGAACUACCUGAAGUUCCUGUUCGUCCGCGAGCCCUUCGAGAGGCUGGUGUCCGCCUACCGCAACAAGUUCACCCUCAAGUACAACUCGUCCUUCCACAAGCGCUUCGGCACGCGCAUCGUGCGGCGCUACCGCAAGAACGCCACGCGGGACGCCCUGGCCAACGGCGCCGACGUCAAGUUCGAGGAGUUCGCCGAGUACCUGGCCGACCCGGCCACCCGGCGCGACGGCCCGCUCAACGAGCACUGGCAGACCGUCUCCCAGCUGUGCCACCCGUGUCACGUCCACUACGACCUGGUGGGCAAGUACGAGACCCUGGAGGAGGACGCCAACUACGUCCUGCGGCUGGCCGGCGUCGGCGACGCCCUGCGCUUCCCCAGCUACGCCAAGUCCACCCGCACCACCGACGCCAUGACGGCCCAGUUCUUCGGCAACAUCAGCGCCGCGCAGCAGGUCCGGCUCUACCAGCUUUACAAGCUGGACUUCCUCAUGUUCAACUACUCCACGCCCGGCUACCUCCGGCUGGACUAGGGAGCGCCGAGCGAGGGACUCUCAAGGGGGCGGCCGUCUCGUUCGAGUCGGGAGUGUUUUUCGGGCAAACUCGAACGAAACAACUGCGGAAUGUGCACUUAUUUUCCGGAUCGAAUGUCAAAUCAGCUCGUUUUUGGACAGAAUGCGGGCGCAGGAACGAGACCGGAAGAGUCCCAAGGAUUCUCUUCGCGGGUUUCGAACGAACCGUCGCCCGCACCCCGACGCCAAUCCAUCCGACACGCGUCACGUCCCGCCACCACCGUUCGACUCCCGGCGGCCGCCUCGAAGGUCGCGACCUCCUAGUCGGCGGUCGGACGCCCGAGUCGGCAAAUUUGCGAAAGAGCGCCGAGCGACACCCGACGCCCUUAACCCUCCCCUCUCUUCGUACGGGACGGCGCGGGGUUUUAAAGACACUGGAGCUCGUAAAACCCGCGGACUCACCGAGACAUUCUUUGUGCUUAUUUUCUACGCGAGACGGCGAUAAUUAUUGAAACGGCUUUGUCGAUUGAAAUGAGAGCGAGUAUGGAAUCGGGCGGGGUUGUUUUUUCUGGAACGGAGCUAUUGUAAAGAGUCGCGUUUGUACGAUUUUGUCCCAUCGACGUCCACGCGCGCGCACGUAGCUGGAGAACUAACGCUCGUAUCGGUUCUACCCGAGAAUCGCAGACUGUAUCUCCCGCUCGUAACUGUGAUUAGCGUUAGGUAAACGACUACAUUCUCUCUCUGUCACACUGUGAAGUGCAUUACACGCUCUUACGUAAGCAAUAUUACACGGGGGGGCCAGAAAGGGAGUCGAACAUAUCUUUGUAAAUUCCAAACCACUCCAGCGUCGAAGUCAAAGAGAUAGCUAUCUAUUGCAGUUUGUUUUGUUCUUUUCUUUUGCUCUUGACUUUACAGCAUUAUUUCCGACACGUAAUUAUGUACAGCGCGAGCGCUCUUGAAUUUUAACGAACGUUAUUGUAAUUGACUUAUCGGACCACCGCAGCGCUCGAAGCGCUACGGGGACACGCAAAGGAUUUUCAAGUAGGCUCGCGGUUUGUAGGCGUUUGUUUGUGUGUACAGUUCCCCGUCGCAAAUACGUGCGAAGCAUUAGUGCGUUUGCACUUUCCGCUUCAACACUACGAAGGAAGGUGAGGGCCUCGCUAAAAAGACUACGGAAAUAAAGUCAUAGAAUUUCAAGUGACGAUAUUAAGAGAAUGAUUUUGAUUUGUUUUCAAAUGUUAUUUUAGAGAAACACUCUAAAAACGGCCGGGUCAAAAACAACCCAAAAUGGGUUAUCGGGGGAACCCGACGCGUUCCUAAAGUUGGACCGACCCAACGAGCGGUUAUUUUACACCAGCGGUUCCGGGUUAGGGGGUUUGACCCCGCGUGUCGGCCGGGGGCCGUCGGAUUGGUCAAACCUGAAAGAAAAAGUAGUGUAAAACAUAAUAAUAACAAAUAAAUGAGGAAUCCCACUGUUCACGUUGAGUACGAUCCAUUUAGCAUUACCGACAUGCAGCCAUCCAUCUUUUGAAGCGCUUAUCCUGACUCGGGUCGCGGGGGGGUGCCGCAGCCCACCCCGGCUGCUUUGGGUUAUCUUGGGUCUUAUAUUCAUGUAAAGGCCGGGGGCAACCAGGCCGUAGGAGGCGGUCAGCGGGUGGCUCCGCGUGGCAACGGAAUGCAAUAAGUGCAAUUAAAGAAAAGCGGCGACUCGGAGAAGGCGGCGUACCUGCAACCCCAAUGUCGUCGAUCAUUGACAGCGCCGUCAGCUCGUCCCGAUAGCUGAGUUGCCAAAUGGAUUUUUCCUGGAAAUGUCCUUCUUUGUGCGUUCUUGUAACAUUGAAUUUUAAUUUAUUCACUUCCCCGCCCUAUUAUAGUUGAGACUUUAUACUCUGACGUUAUUCUGUGCAGUAGCAGCAGCAGCAUGCUGCUGGUUUCAUAUUUAGUUUUGAACAUUUGCUUGUACUUUUCUUCCCACUUUUGUCCGAACAAUCCAACUUAAUACAUGUAAUAAGUUUUUUCCUCAUAAUAUUGUGGCUUUUUUUUUUCCCCAUGGUUUUCCUUUUUUUCUCCAUUGUGGCCCUAAUACAGUACUUCUUUGUACUAUGACAUCUAAUCUCUGCAAAAAACAAAUGUAAUGCCACAUGAGAGCGUUUAAGCUUCUCAAGAGCAGAGAAUCCAAAUGAAAUCAUCUGUUGUGGCUUUAAAAUAUGAAAAGAUGUGUUGAAAAUGAUGAUUUAGUUUUUUUUAAGGGGGGGGGGACGAUGUGCUGCCGAGCGGACGAAUAGAAUGAGCGGAACUGUAUCGGCAGGAAAGGGAUGUCCACUGUAACGUCGCUGAUGAAGCCCCGACGGAAAAAGAUUGUAGAUAGAAAAGCCUUCAAAGUGUUCCAUGUCGCUUUCAAAUGUGACUGUAUGUGUUCCCCCCCCCCCCUUUACAUGGUAAAUCAGAAUCCAAAUCAUCUUUAUUUGCCAAGAAUGUCCCAAAAACACACAAGGAAUUUGUCUCCGGGAGUCGGAGCCGCUCUAGUACGACAACAGACACUUUGGAGACAUAAAGACAUUGAGAAAAGCAGGCACAGAGCAAUAAAGGGUUGCUCGUUAUGUGGUAAUGCUGGUACAAUAGUUAUUUUAGUUUCUAUUUUUUUUUUUGACAAUUGUGCAAAAAGAUGCAGAGUCCUCUCGCACUAAGAGCAUUCGGAAAGACUAAUAUUGCAAUAGUCCGCAAUGACCAUUGCGCAAAGGGCGCCGAGACUGGGACAAUGUCGAUUGUGCAAAUGGAGCAGAUGCUACUCGGGCAUGAGUGGCCAGUAUUGGUCAACAACAGAUACGCAAAUAGUGCAGCGUGGCGAGACUACUAGAGUGAGUGCACGAGUAAUGUAUAAUGGGCCUGACGGAAAUGCGACAGAGAAAAAAAGAUGGGCAGCAUGUUGCAAUGGAAUUGUGGGUCAGCUGUUUAAGAAGUCGAUUGCAAGAGGGAAGAAGCUGUCGGAAUGUCUACUAGUUGUAGUUUGCAUUGAUCGGUAGCGCCUACACAAAUUGCCCCCCCCCCCACCACUUUGUCCCUCAGCUGUUUUUUUCCGCUCUGCCGCCAACGCGUUUUACUCGGCACUCCCGUUCGUUCGGCCCCCAGGGAGGGAGCCGCCAAGGGUUCCCGUUCGCUCCGAGCCUGCGAGCGGCCCGUUAUAGAAGCCUGUGGGGAAAGGCACUUAGGAAAAGGUUCCAAAUCUUGAAAAUCGAAGUAAUGAACUUGGUUCCGGCCGUAUUCUUAAGUCCACCGUCUGCAGAUAAAGCCAGCCAACUGUUGUAUUUAGUUUCUCACCCCAACGACGUCGAUUAUUAGACUGAAUUACGUACAGUAGUUGGCGUUUUGCUGCAACGUUGAAAAGACAUGGGAGGAGGUUUUUCCCUUCGACAACGGGGUUUCAUACAGUAUUUAUCCCUUUAUUUUGCUAUUUACGCACGGAUGAACACAUUUUGUACAGUAGCGAUGAAACGAUUCACUUAUUCCGACCAAAGUUUGAGGUCAACAAUGAACGAUAGAUGCCUUUGUGCCAAACUGUACCGGUUGUGGUUAGGAUUCCGACGGGCCGCUUGUGCAUCAACGAGAUCCGUCGGGAUCGGUGGAAUAGCCAAAAUGUAAAGACGGGGGCAAAGGUUGACAAAAACGCACCGCGGUUGGAUUGUUGUGAAACAUAUUGUUUCGAUAUUGUGCUUUCGUUAGUGCUGUUUUGAAUAAAAGAAGUCCACAUUCAGCAUCA